AUGCCGCACGACGAGGCGCCACCGCCUCCGCCGCCGCUGCCGUCGUCUCUCGAUGGCGCGUACGGCUCUCGCAGUCGCUCCCUGUCGCUCAAAUCCGACGCAACAGGUCCGCCACGUGUCGCUCCUAGUACGCCCAUCUUUGGUCGCCACCGCAGUCUGUCGUCGUCCCGCGUCUCUUCGGUCGCGGCGCGUCCUCCUGCUACAGCCAUUACAGACGACGACCCGCUCUCGCCACAAACGCGACGAGAGAUGGAGAAGCGGCGCCAACAGAUGAGCAAAGACGUGAAGAGUCUACAGGCGAGCACGAACGCCACGUCCAGUCACGUCGGCGGCACGUCGUUCUCUUCCAGCGGCACGAGGCACAGCAUCGACAGUCUCGAGUUCCAGCCACGACAUGGCGCUCGGCCGUUCGAUCGACAGGCAAAGCGCUCCGUGGACGAUCUGACGCAGCUCUCUCCGCACAAGGCCAUGCUGAGCCGCGUGGAUAGUCUGUUGGGCUCGCAGCCGCCGCUUGGACAUGGUCCGUCUGCUGCUGCUGUUGCUGCUGCUGCUGCGACUACUUCUGCUUCUGCUGCUGCUUUUGAGUAUGGCGGAUCGUCAGUGGGAUCUCGUGCCAAGUACGCGGCACCUUUGAGCAACAUGAUGCCGUCUGUGGCUCGACCGUUCCAUCAUCGAGGAGAGGAAUCGAGAGAACCGUCGAGUUGUGGGGCAGAAAUUCUGUACAACUCGCCUGUUCGGUUGAGACUUAGCAGCCGACAGUGUCUGAGGAUAUCGGCUGGAGAAGACAGCAGCUCGCAUCAACAGACCGUGUCGGCGCACUUGCCGCCGAGGCCCAUCGUUGGACCAAAGACAGGAGUAAGUAGAAAUACAGGGAUCGCUCGUGCUACGAGGCAAGCGUCUCUUGCGCAAAUUGACGUGAGCGGCAAUGGACUGGACGGCGACAGCGACCAGAUUUUUGUGCUGCAAAACACGACACUACGAUCAGACUGUGGAGAGGUCCAUUAUUCGGAUGUUGUGUCAUUGUACUGCGUGGGAGGAAGCUGCAGAGGGCAGUUCUUGUCGGUGGAUGCAGUGACCCAGACUCUGAGCACGAAGAAAGGACCAGUGAUUUCUAACAGUGAAAAAUGGAGGAUUGUAAACCCUGCUGCUGAAGGUCGCGGGGACUAUGCGGGAGGCAACAAAGACUCUUUCGUGUCUGUUGACACUGCUAGCAGACUGUGGGAGCAACAGAAAGCGAUUGCAACGAAUGACAAGGUGAUGCUCAAGAUGCAUACCGCUGACCUGUACGUCUCUGUGCGCCCCGAAAGCCUCGACAGUGGAGACUCGACCGCCUCGUCCGUCGUACUCAGCAAAGAAAAUGACGGGAUUGAUGAUACCAUACAAGUCUGGAAAGUCACAAAGUCAAACCUUCCGUACGAUCCGGAAUGGAAUCGUGAGCGCCCCUAUCUGACUGGCGAGGCUCUUGUGCUGCCGAAAGCGAAGCGACACCAUGCUGCCGAUGAUGACGAUUCGACAGUGCCUCCACUGUCCACGUAUCCUCCGUCUGUGCAAGAGUGCAUCAUAGUAGACGACUUGUUGUAUGUGCUUCUCGGCGUAGAAGGCCGCUACAUCAAACUCGCGGCUACGGAGACUUGUGGCGUCGAUGCUGCCAAAUCCACACGAUCGUUCAAAUUCGGGCUAAGCCAACCUGGAAUGGAUCCCUCUCUCCUGACCUUGGCAUCUCGCUGCUUGUCACUGGGCGAGUUUUAUCUGACGAUAAUGCUGUACAUUGAGCAGUACUCUCGAUACGAGUACGGGCAGGUGAACCACGCACUAUGCGCGGCACUAAAAGCGCUGCUAAAGGAGUACAGGAUAAUGGUGGGACAGCUCGAGCACCAGACACGAAGCGCUGUGCCGUUCACCAUCCAGAAAUUGUGGUACAAUGUACAGCCGAGCUUGCGGACAUUGGAGAUGCUGAGUGUGUUGGUGACGGCUUGCCGCAAGACCAUUGGCGGUGGCUCGUUGCUCACUCGGAUCCAGCAGACAAUGUCGUCGCUGGCAGGUGACUCGAAUGCACGCAAGGUGUUCUCGUUUCUAAUGGAGCGCGCCAGUGUGCCGUAUUUAAAGAUGGUCGAACGCUGGAUAUACCACGGAGACCUAGUGGACCCUUAUGAUGAGUUUAUGAUCCGACGAGACGAUCAAGUGAGCAAAGAAGAUGUUCAAGACAACCCGUAUUCCACGUACUGGCAAAGCCGCUACACAGUUCGUGCAUCACAGGUGCCGCUUUUCCUGUCGCGUGUAGCGCCAAAAAUCUUGACUGCGGGCAAGUACCUGAAUGUUUUCCGUACGUGCAAUCGCCAGGUAGAUUGUCCGUUCGCCGGUGAGAUCAUGUUCUCGUCGAGCGAAUCGGUAUACGAAGAGCUGAUUGACAAGGCGCAUGCUUUUGCGAGUAAGAUGCUGUUGAAUCUGUUCGUGCGGGAAAACGACCUUGAGAACCGGCUAGCCUCGCUGAAGCACUACUUCCUAAUGGAUCAAGGAGACUUCUUUGUUGACUUUAUGGACGUCGCUGAAGAAGAGCUGAAGCUACGUGCGGACAAGUUGUCGCUGUCUCGCCUAGAAUCGCUGCUCCACUUAUCACUACAAACGUCUACUUGCUCUUCGGACCCAUACAAGGACGACCUUCAGUGCUUCCUGUCACCGCACAACCUCAUUUCUCACAUGGAAGCGAUUCACCAGCGUGCGCAAAAAGGGCCUAGAGAUUCACUGACGACGUUUGAGUCUUCGACCAUAGGUCAGCCAGGUUACAAGGUGAUUGACGCAUUCACUCUUGACUACAACGUCAAGUGGCCUUUAUCGCUCGUCAUCUCGUGCGGUGCACUGACCAAGUACCAGAUGAUUUUCCGGCAUAUAUUCUUUUGCAAGCACGUGGAACGCCAGCUUUGUGAUGCCUGGCUGAACCACCAAGCAACGAAGGAGUUGUCACUGCGCUUUGCCUUUGGGCCGUCGUUUUGCUCACGGCAACGCAUGCUACACUUUCAGCAGAAUUUGGUAUACUACAUGAUGUUCGAAGUCAUUUCUCCGCGGUGGCACGACUUCCAGCAGCAACUAGCAACUGCGGGCACGGUGGACGACAUUUUGGAGUUUCAAGGCGAGUUCCUUGAUAUCUGCUUGAAGGAGUGCUUAUUGACGGACCCAGAGCUGCUGCGGGUUCUAACGAAGCUCAUGACAGUGUGCAUGACGUUCGCCAACAGCAUCGAAAGCUUCACGCGGCCGUAUUUUCUCGAUGAAGAAACCAUCAAGGCUGAACGCGAGGCUGAGCGAGAUCGCCGAGCAGAGAAGAGGGCGCGUGAAGAAGCGGAAGUCGCUUUGGCGAGCUACCAGCGUCAGAAAGGAACGUUAGGCGGGAAGAAGAAAGGCAGCACACUGAGGCGCCGGCAGUCUUCGCAGGUGGAUUUGCGGCGCACACGCAUCAAGGUGUUGUCCGAUGACGUGAAGCGGGCGCUGACUGAGCGCGAAGGCGACGAAGAGAACCCGUUUGUACGAAUGACGAAUGACCUGGGGAACCUGUUUGACUCGCUGCUUGGCGAGUUUAUGCAGCAGUUGCUACGAAGGUCGCUCUUGCAGCAAAAUUCGCAUCUUUCGAAUCUGUGCACUCGGCUGGACUACAAUGGCUUUUACACCAAGUGA